AUGGAAGCUGAGAAGUUCGAUUCGGAUUUUUCUAAUCGGGUGAAACUGGUAUGCAAUAGCCAUCUAGGUCCUCUUUUAUCACCAAGUCCGGCUACUAGAGGAGAAGGUAAUUAUGCUUCUUCCGAGUGCUUGAGUGACAGAAAUCAAGGGAUAGACCAAGGGCUUACACAUUCACAAAAGGUAACAUCAGUUGAUCCAUGGAAAUACUUGCAUGGACCAACUUCUUUGGAUGAAGAAUUAGAUGCACUUCUCGGACCUGUCAAAUUUGAUCUUAACGACAAGACUAACGCAAUCAGUCGGGAUUCGUGGGUAGAGGGCCUCACAGCUGAUGCCUACCAGCCUGCGGCACCGUCGUGCAAACGGCGUAAGUUCAAACCAGAUCAAGCACAAAGUUCAUCUAUCGAAGAAUCCUCGUAUGAGGUGGAUGUGGAUAACGUGUUUCUCCCCCCCCAUGGAUCAAAGCUAUUAUCACCCAUUACAACUCCCACGUGUCGCAGUCCCGGUGAUUCUAGUUAUGGCCUUAGUAUGUCAGAGUUGUACAAACAAAAAAAUAUAAUUUCAGCUGUGCCAGCUGAAGGAGAUCUCCUCGAAAGAGACAUUCACAAUUCUGUCUUAUCUUAUGAUCCACAAGGAGCCUCAAAAUUACAAAGUGUCUACGAAAAACUUCCAAGCCCCAACCAAAACCAACCAUCUGAAGAGUUAGAAAAAGCACAGCCACGGAGAUCGCAUCAACCAUACAACUUCAUACCCAUGGAUCCAGAUGAACCGAUUCCAUCGACUGAGGAAAGUUCCAGUAAUAUCAAUGAAACAAGGGCUUUUCAAAUGAUUCGAAAUAAGAAAGUCCCUGAUUGGCUGCUUGAACAGUCCGAAAAAAGGCCGCGUAAUGCAAUUUCCAAUCAGGAACAAACAAACCAGAUAGACCAAAGUAUAAUCCUGUCAGAUAAUACUAAGCAGAAGAACAUGACCAAGGACAGCCCCCCUCAAAGACAAGCGCGUGAAAAUACAAAUUGCCUCUUAACGUCUCGUGAAUCAACCUUCAUACAACAAGCCACAAAUGAAGCUAGACGCAAUGAACUACAUCGAAAGAUCACCACAUUUUUCCCCAUGGCAUGUUCUCUGGAAAUAGCAGGCUCUAACAAAGAUACAAUCUUAACUUUAAUUGCUGAACUUAUCACCUAUGACGACUACCAAGAUAGCGCCCCAAACUAUCAGAUACCAAGCUCUUACCGGCAAAUCCUUGAUGAACUAACUUGCCAAUGGAGUACGGGAACUGAGAAAAAUGAGUUCCGAAAAGCACUAAUUGCAUACGUCAAGGAAAAGAUGGAAUUGGAAUUAACAAAGGCACGACAGGUAGAGCCUUCUUACAUGGAAGGCAUUAAUGAUGGAGAUCAUCAAUGGAUUGAUGAGGUUGGAGUUCUUGAUGAUAAAUCAAAGAAAAGAUUAAGAGAUAUCCUUUCUCAAAGUCGAGAACGCAUUGCCUAUCUCAGUAAUCUCAAUUUACACCUUCAAGAUGAGAACGAGAAACUUCGUGCUAACUUAGAGAGAGUUUCAACUGAGAGCUAUCUCCAGAUCGAAGGCUUUGAUGAUAAUUCGAUUAUGGGAAAUACUGAAACGAUAUCUCAGCUUCUCUCGCUCUCUCAAGACUGCCCAAUUCCAGGCCUGGAAGAAAAUUCACAUGACGAAGAAACUAGGCACGCACCGAUUGAAUGA